AUGCCCAUGACCAGCAGAGAGCGCUCCUCUGCUUGUGCUUCCUCUGCUUGCACUUCCUCUACUUGUGCUUCCUCUCCUUGUGCUUCCUCUCCUUGCGCUUCCUCUGCUUGCGCUUCCUCUGCUUGCGCUUCCUCUGCUAGUGCUUCCUUUGCUUGCGCUUCCUCUGCUUGUGCUUCCUCUGCUUGUGCUUCCUCUGCUUAUGCUUCCUCUGCUUGUGCUUCCUCUACUUGUGCUUCCUCUGCGUGCGCUUCCUCCGCUUGUGCUUCCUCUGCUUACGCUUCCUCUGCUUGCGCUUCCUCUGCUUGUGCUUCCUCUGCUUGCGCUUCCUCUGCUUGUGCUUCCUGUGCUUGCGCUUCCUCUACAUGUGCUUCCUUUGCUUGCGCUCCUCUGCUUCUGCUUCCUCUGCUUGUGCUUCCUCUGCUUAUGCUUCCUCUCCUUGUGCUUCCUCAGCUUGCGCUUCCUCAGCUUGUGCUUCCUCUACUUGCGCUUCCUCUGCUUGUGCUUCCUCUACUUGCGCUUCCUCUACUUGUGCUUCCUCUGCUUGCGCUUCCUCUGCUUGUGCUUCCUCUGCUUGUGCUUCCUCUGCUUAUGCUUCCUCUGCUAGUGCUUCCUCAGCUUGUGCUUCCUCUGCUUGCGCUCCUCUGCUUGUGCUUCCUCUGCUUGUGCUUCCUCUGCUUGCGCUUCCUCUACUUGUGCUUGCUCUGCUUGUGCUUCCUCUGCUUGCACUUCCUCUCCUUGUGCUUCCUCUGCCUGUGCUUCCUCUGCUUGCGCUUCCUCUGCUUCCGCUUCCUCUGCUUGCGCUUCCUCUGCUUGUCCUUUCUCUGCUUACGUGUCCUCUCCUUCUGCUUCCUCCGCUUGCACUCCUCCGCUUGGGCUUCCUCUGCUUGUGCUUCCUGUGCUUGCGCUUCCUCUACUUGUGCUUCCUCUGCCUGCCCUUCCUCUGCUUGCGCUUCCUCUGCUUGUGCUUCCUCUGCUUGUGCUCCCUUUUCUUUCGCUUCCUCUGCUUGUGCUUCCUUUGCUUGCGCUUCCUUUGCUUGUGCUUCCUCUAUAUGCGCUUCCUCUGGUUUUGCUUCCUCUGCGUGCGCUUCCUCUGGUUGUGCUUCCUCUUCUUGCGCUUCCUUUGCUUGUGCUUCCUCUACAUGCGCUUUCUCUGCUUUUGCUUCCUCUGCGUGCCCUUCCUCUGCUUGUGCUUCCUCUGCUAACGCUUCCUCUGCUUGCGCUUCCUCUGCUUGUGCUUCCUCUGCUUGCGCUUCCUCUGCUUGCGCUUCCUCUGCUUGUGCUCCCUCAGCUUGCGCUUCCUCUGCUUGUUCUUCCUCUUCUUGCGCUUCCUCUGCUUGUGCUUCCUCUGCUUGUGCUUCCUCUGCUUGUGCUUCCUCUGCUUGUGCUUCCUCUGCUUGUGCUUCCUCUGCUUGUGCUUCCUCUGCUUGUGCUUCCUCAGCUUGCGCUUCCUCUGCUUGUGCUUCCUUAGCUUGUGAUUCCUCUGCUUGCGAUUCUUUUGUUUACGCUUCCUUUGCUUGUGCUUCAUCUGCUUACGCUUUCUCUGCUUGCGCUUCCUCUGCUUGUGCUUCCUUUGCUUGCGCUUCCUCUGCUUGUGGUUCCUCUGCUUGCACUUCCUCUGCUUGCGCUUCCUCUGCUUGUGCUUUUGACGCUUGCGCUUCCUCUGCUCAUGCUUCCUCUGCAUGUGCUUCCUCUGCUUGCGCUUCCUCUGCUUGCGCUUCCUCUGCUUACGCUUCCUCUGUUUGCGCUUCCUCUGCUUCUUCUUCCUGUGCUUGCGCUUCUUCUGCUUGCGCAUCCUUUGCUUGUGCUUCCUCUGCUUACGCUUUCUCUGCUUGCGCUUCCUCUGCUUGUGCUUCCUUUGCUUGCGCUUCCUCUGCUUGUGCUUCCUCGGCUUGCGCUUUCUCUGCUUGUGCUUCCUCUGCUUGCGCUUCCUCUGCUUGUGCUUCCUCUGCUUAUGCUUCCUCUGCUUGUGCUUCCUCUGCUUGCACUUCCUAUGCUUGUGCCUCCUCUGCUUGUGCUUCCUCUGCUUGUGCUUCCUCUGCUUACGCUUCCUUUUCUUGUGCUUCCUCUGCUUGCGCUUCCGCUGCUUGCGCUUCCUCUGCUUGUUCUUCCUCUGCUUGCGCUUCCUCUGCUUGCGCUUCCUCUGCUUGCGCUUCCUCUCCUUGCGCUUCCUCUGCUUGCGCUACCUCGGCUUGUGAUUCCUCUGCUUGCGCAUCCUCUACUUGUGCUUCCUCCGCUUGUGCUUCCUCUUCUUGUACUUCCUCUUCUUGUGCAUCCUCUGCUUGCGCUUCCUCUACUUGCGCUUCCUCUGCUUACGCUUCCUCUGCUUGCGCUUCCCUUGCUUGCGCUUCCUCUGCUUACGCUUCCUCCACUUGCGCUCCUCUACUUGCGCUUCCUCUGCUUACGCUUCCUCUAGUUAUGCUUCCUCUGUUUGCGCUUCCUCUGCUUACGCUUCCUCCACUUGCGCUCCUCUGCUUGCGCUUCCUCUGCUUACGCUUCCUCUGCUUGCGCCUCCUCUGCUUGCGCUUCCUGUGCUUGUGCUUCCUCUGCUUGUGCUUCCUCUGCUUGCGCUUCCACUGCUUGCGCUUCUUCUUCUUGUGCUUCCUAUGCUUGCGCUGCCUCUAUUUGCGCUUCCUCUGCUUGCGUUUCCUCUGCUUGCGCUCUUCUGCUUGUGCUUCCUCUCCUUGCGCUUCCUCUGCUUCUGCUUCCUCUACUUGCGCCUCCUCUGCUUGUGCGUCCUCUGCUUGCGCUUCCUUUGCUUGCGCUUCCUCUGCUUGCGCUUUCUCUGCUUUUGCUUCCUCUGCUUAUGCUUCCUCUGCUUGUGCUUCCUCUGCUUGCGCUUCCUCUGCUUGUGCUUCCUCUACUUGCGCUUCCUUUGCUUGCGCUUCCUCUGUUUGCGCUUCCUCUGCUUGCGCUUCCUCUGCUUGCGCUUCCUCUGCUUGCGCUUCCUCUGCUUGGGCUCCUCUGCUUGUGCUUCCUCUGCUUAUGCUUCCUCUGCUUGCGCUUCCUCUGCUUGUGCUUCCUCUGCUUGUGCUUCCUCUACUUGCGCAUCCUCUGCUUGUGCUUCCUCUACUUGCGCUUCCUCUGCUUGCGCUUCCUCUUCUUGUGCUUCCUCUGCUUGCGCUUCCUCUGCUUGUGCUUCCUCUGCUUGUGCUUCCUCUGCUUGCGCUUCCUCUGCUUACGCUUCCUCUGAUUGUGCUUCCUCUGAGAGCGCUUCCUCUUCUUGUGCUUCCUCUGCUUGCGCUUCUUCUGCUUGUGCUUUCAUUGCUUGUGCUUCCUCUGCUUGCGCUUCCUCGUCUUGUGCUUCUUCUGCUUGUGCUUCCUCUACUUGCGCUUCCUCUGCUUGGGCUCUUGUGCUUGUGCUUCCACUGCUUGUGCUUCCUCUGCUUGCGCUUCCUGUGCCUGUGCUUCCUCUGCUUCUGCUUCCUCUGCUUGCACUUCCUCUGCUUGCGCUUCCUCUGCUUGCGCUCCUCUGCUUGUGCUUCCUCUACUUGUGCUUCCUCUGUUUGCGCUUCCUCUAGUUGUGCUUCUGCUGCUUGUGCUUCCUCUGCUUGUGCUUUCUCUGCUUGUGCUUCUUCUGCUUGCGCUUCCUCUGCUUGCGCUUCCUCUGCUUGCGCUUCCUCUGCUUGUGCUUCCUCUGCUUGUGCUUCCUCUGCUUGCGCUUCCUCUGCUUGUGCUUCCUCUGCUUGUGCUUCCUCUGCUUGCGCUUCUUCUGCUUGCGCUUCCUCUGCUUGCGCUUCCUCUGCUUGCGCUUCCUCUACUUGUUCUUCCUCUGCUUGCGCUUCCUCUGCUUGCACUUCCUCUGCUUGUCCUCCUCUGCUUGCGCUUCCUCUGCUUGCGCUUCCUAUGCUUGCGCUUCCUCUUCUUGUGCUUCCUCUGCUUAAGCUUCCUCUGCUUGUGCUUCCUCCGCUUGCUCUUCCUUUGCUUACGCUUCCUCUGCUUGCGCUCCUCUGCUUGUGCUUUCUCUGCUUGUGCUUUCUCUGCUUGCGCUUCCUCUGCUUGUGCUUCCUCUGCUUGUGCUCCUCUGCUUGCGCUUCCUCUGCUUGCGCUUCCUAUGCUUGCGCUUCCUCUUCUUGCGCUUCCUCUGCUUACGCUUCCUCUGCUUGUGCUUCCUCUGCUUGCUCUUCCUUUGCUUACGCUUCCUCUGCUUGCGCUCCUCUGCUUGUGCUUGAUCUGCUUGUGCUUCCUCUUCUUGCGCUUCCUCUGCUUGUGAUUCCUCUGCUUGUGCUUUCUCUGCUUGCUCUUCCUCUGCUUGCGCUUCCUCAGCAGGCGCUUCCUCUACUUGGGCUCCUCUGCUUGUGCUUCCUUUGCUUGUGCUUCCUCUGCUUGUGCUUCCUCUGCUUGUGCUUCCUCUGCUUGCGCUUCCUCUGCUUGCGCUUCCUCUGCUUGCGCUUCCUCUGCUUGUUCUUCCUCUGCUUGCGCUUCCUCUGCUUGCACUUCCUCCGCUUUUGCUUCUCUGCUUGCGCUUCCUCUGCUUGCGCUUCCUAUGCUUGCGCUUCCUCUUCUUGUGCUUCCUCUGCUUACGCUUCCUCUGCUUGUGCUUCCUCUGCUUGCUCUUCCUUUGCGUACGCUUCCUCUGCUUGCGCUCCUGUUCUUGUGCUUUCUCUGCUUGUGCUUCCUCUGCUUGCGCUUCCUCUGCUUGUGCUUCCUCUGCUUGCGCUUCCUCUGCUUGUGCUUCCUUUGCUUGCGCUUCCUCUGCUUGCGCUCCUCUGCUUGUGCUUCCUCUGCUUGCGCUUCCUCUGCUUGCGCUCCUCUGCUUGUGCUUCCUCUGCAUGCGCUUCCUCUACUUGUGCUUCUCUGCUUGCGCUUCCCCUGCUUGUGCUUCCUCUGCUUGCGCUUCCUCUGCUUUCGCUUCCUCUGCUUGCGCUUCCUCUGCUUGCGCUUUCGCUGCUUAUGCUUCCUCUGCUUAUGCUUCCUCAGCUUGUGCUUCCUCUGCUUGCGCUUCCUCUGCUUGUGCUUCCUCUGCUUACGCUUCCUCUGCUUGCGCUUCCUGUGCUUGCGCUUUCUCUUCUUGGGCUCCUUUGCUUGUGCUUCCUCUGCUUGUGCUUCCUCUGCUUGCGCUUUCUCUGCUCGUGCUUCCUGUGCUUGUGCUUCCUCUACUUGCGCUUCCUCUGCUUUUGCUUCCUUUGCUUGCGCUUCCUCUGCUUGCGCUUCUUCUGCUUGUGGUUCCUCUGCUUGUGCUUCCUCUGCUUGUGCUUCCUCUACUUGCGCUUCCUCUGCUUGCGCUUCCUCUGCUUGUGCUCUUUGGUUGUGCUUCCUCUACUUGUGCUUCCUCUGCUUGCACUUCCUCUAGUUGUGUUUCCGCUGCUUGUGCUUCCUCUACUUGUGCUUUCUCUGCUUGCUCUUCCUCUGCUUGUGCUUCCUCUGCUUGCGCUUCCUCUGUUUGGGCUCCUUUGCUUGUGCUUCCUCUGCUUAUGCUUCCUCUGCUUGCGCUUCCUCUGCUUGUGCUUCCUCUGCUUGUGCUUCCUCUGCUUGCGGUUCCUCUGCUUGCGCUUCCUCUGCUUGCGCUUCCUCUGCUUGCGCUUCCUCUGCUUGUUCUUCCUCUGCUUGCGCUUCCUCUGCUUGCACUUCCUCUGCUUGUGCUCCUCUGCUUGCGCUUCCUCUGCUUGCGCUUCCUAUGCUUGUGCUUCCUCUUCGUGCGCUUCCUCUGCUUACGCUUCUUCUGCUUGUGCUUCCUCUGCUUGCUCUUCCUUUGCCUACGCUUCCUCUGCUUGCGCUCCUGUGCUUGUGCUUUCUCUGCUUGUGCUUUCUGUGCUUGCGCUUCCUCUGCUUGUGCUUCCUCUGCUUAGGCUUCCUUUGCUUGUGCUUCCUUUGCUUGCGCUUCCUCUGCUUGCGCUCCUCUGCUUGUGCUUCCUCUGCUUGCGCUCCUCUGCUUGUGCUUUCUCUGCUUGCGCUUCCUCUGCUUGCGCUUCCUUUGCUUGUGCUUCCUCUGCUUGCGCUUCCUCUGCUUGUGCUUCCUUUGCUUGCGCUUCCUCUACUUGUGCUUCCUCUGCUUGUGCUUCCUCUGCUUGCUCUUCCUUUGCUUACGCUUCCUCUGCUUGCGCUCCUCUGCUUGUGCUUUCUCUGCUUGUGCUUCCUCUGCUUGCGCUUCCUCUGCUUGUGCUUCCUCUGCUUGCGCUUCCUCUGCUUGUGCUUCCUUUGCUUGCGCUUCCUCUGCUUGUCCUUCCUCUGCUUGUGCUUCCUCUGCUUGCGCUUCCUCUGCUUGCGCUCCUCUGCUUGUGCUUCCUCUGCUUGCGCUUCCUCUGCUUGUGCUUCUCUGCUUGCGCUUCCUCUGCUUGUGCUUCCUCUCCUUGCGCUUCCUCUGCUUGCGCUUCCUCUGCUUGCGCUUCCUCUGAUUGCGCUUCCUCUGCUUGCGCUUUCUCUGCUUAUGCUUCCUCUCCUUAUGCUUCCUCAGCUUGUGCUUCCUCUGCUUGCGCUUCCUCUGCUUGUGCUUCCUCUCCUUACGCUUCCUCUGCUUGCGCUUCCUGUGCUUGCGCUUCCUCUGCUUGCGCUUCCUCUGCUUGCGCUUCCUCUGCUUGCGCUUCCUCUGCUUGCGCUUCCUCUGCUUGCGCUUCCUCUGCUUGCGCUUUCUCUCCUUUGGAUCCUUUGCUUGUGCUUCCUCUGCUUGUGCUUCCUUUGCUUGCGCUUUCUCUGCUUGUGCUUCCUCUGCUUGUGCUUCCUCUACUUGCGCUUCCUCUGCUUUUGCUUCCUCUGCUUGCGCUUCCUCUGCUUGCGCUUGUUCUGCUUGUGGUUCCUCUACUUGUGCUUCCUGUGCUUGUGCUUCCUCUACUUGCGCUUCCUCUGCUUGCGCUUCCUCUGCUUGUGCUCUUUGGUUGUGCUUCCUCUGCUUGUGCUUCCUCUUCUUGUGCUUCCUCUGCUUGCGAUUCCUCUGCUUGUGCUUCCUCUGCUUGCGCUUCCUCUACUUGGGCUCCUCUUCCUCUGCUUCCUCUGCUUGUGCUUCCUCUGGUUGCGCUUCCUCUGCUUACGCUUCCUCUGCUUGCGCUUCCUCUGCUUGCGCUUCCUCUUCUUGCGCUACCUCUGCUUGUGCUUCCUCUGCUUGUGCUUUCUCUGCUUGAUCUUCCUCUGCUUGCGCUUCCUCUGCUUACGCUUCCUCUGCUUGGGCUCCUCUGCUUGUGCUUCCUCUGCUUGUGCUUCCUCUGCUUGCGCUUCCUCUACUUGUGCUUCCUCUGCUUUUGCUUCCUCUGCUUGCGCUUCCUCUGCUUGCGCUUCCUCUGCUUGCGCUUCCUCUGCUUGCGCUUCCUCUGCUUGUUCUUCCUCUGCUUGCGCUUCCUCUGCUUGCACUUCAUCUGCUUGUGCUCCUCUUCUUGCGCUUCCUCUGCUUGCGCUUCCUAUGCUUGCGCUUCCUCUUCUUUCGCUUCCUCUGCUUACGCUUCCUCUGCUUGUGCUUCCUCUGCUUGCUCUUCCUUUGCUUACACUUCCUCUGCUUGCGCUCCUCUGCUUGUGCUUCCUCUGCUUGUGCUUCCUCUGCUUGCGCUUCCUCUGCUUGUGCUUCCUCUGCUUGUGCUUCCUUUGCUUGCGCUUCCUCUGCUUGCGCUCCUCUGCUUGUGCUUCCUCUGCUUGCGCUUCCUCUGCUUGCGCUCCUCUGCUUGUGCUUCCUCUGCUUGCGCUUCCUCUGCUUGUGCUUCCUCUGCUUGCGCCUUCCUCUGGUUGUGCUUCCUCUGCUUGCGCUUCCUCUGCUUGCGCUUCCUCUGCUUGCGCUUCCUCUGCUUGCGCUUCCUCUGCUUGCGCUUUCUCUGCUUAUGCCUCCUCUGCUUAUGCUUCCUCAGCUUGUGCUUCCUCUGCUUGCGAUUCCUCUGCUUGUGCUUCCUCUGCUUACGCUUCCUCUGCUUGCGCUUCCUUUACUUGCGCUUCCUCUGCUUGCGCUUCCUCUGCUUGCGCUUCCUCUGCUUGCGCUUCCUCUACUUGCGCUUCCUCUGCUUGCGCUUCCUCUGCUUGCGCUUUCUCUGCUUGGGCUCCUUUGCUUGUGCUUCCUCUGCUUGUGCUUCCUCUGCUUGCGCUUCCUCUACUUGUGCUUCCUCUGCUUGUGCUUCCUCUGCUUCCGCUUCCUCUGCUUGUGCUUUCUCUGCUUGGGCUUCCUCUGCUUGCGCUUCUCUGCUUCUGCUUCCUCUACUUGUGCUUCCUGCUUGUGCUUCCUCUGCUUGCGCUUCCUCUGCUUACGCUUUCUCUGCUUGCGCUUCCUCUGCUUGCGCUUCCUUUGCUUGCGCUUCCUCUUCUUGCGCUUCCUCUGCUUACGCUUCCUCUCCUUGUGCUUCCUCUGCUUGCUCUUCCUUUGCUUACGCUUCCUCUGCUUGCGCUCCUCUGCUUGCGCUUCCUCUGCUUGUGCUUCCUCUGCUUGCGCUUCCUCUGCUUGUGCUUCCUCUCCUUGCGCUUCCUCUGCUUGUGCUUCCUCUGCUUGCGCUUCCUAUGCUUGCGCUCCUCUGCUUGUGCUUCCUCUGCCUGUGCUUCCAGCUUGUGCUUCCUCUGCUUGCGCUUCCUCUACUUGUGCUUCCUCUACUUGCGCCUCCACUGCUUACGCUUCCUCUGCUUGUGCUUCCUCUGCUUGCUCUUCCUUUGCUUACGCUUCCUCUGCCUGGGCUCCUCUGCUUGUGCUUCCUCUGCUUGUGCUUCCUCUGCUUGCGCUUGUUCUGCUUGUGCUUCCUCUACUUGCGCUUCCUCUGCUUGUGCUUCCUCUGCUUGGGCUUCCUCUGCUUGUGCUCCUUUGCUUGUGCUUCCUCUUCUUGCGAUUCCUAUGCUUGCGCUUCCUCUGCUUGCGCUUCCUCUAUUUGCGCUUCCUCUGCUUGCGCUUCCUCUACUUGCACUCCUCUGCUUGUUCUUCCUCUGCUUGCGCUUCCUCUGCUUGUGCUUCGUCUGCUUGCGCCUUCUCUGCUUGUGCUUCCUCUACUUGCGCUUCCUGUGCUUGCGCUUUCUCUGCUUGCGCUUCCUCUGCUUGUGCUUCGUCUGCUUGCGCCUUCUCUGCUUGUGCUUCCUCUGCUUGCGCUUCCUCUGCUUGCGCUUUCUCUGCUUGUGCUUCCUCUUCUUAUGCUUCCUCUGCUUAUGCUUCCUCUGCUUGCGCUUCCUCUACUUGUGCUUCCUCUGCUUACACUUCCUUUGCUUGCGCUUCCUCUGCUUGCGCUUCCUCUGCUUGCGCUUCCUCUGCUUGCGCUUCCUCUGCUUGUGCUUCCUCUGCUUGCGCUUCCUCUACUUGCGCUUCCUCUGCUUGGGCUCCUCUGCUUGUGCUUCCUCUGCUUGUGCUUCCUCUGCUUGCGCUUCCUCUGCUUGCGCUUCCUCUGCUUGUGCUUCCUCUGCUUGCACUUCCUCUGCUUGUGCUUCCUCUGCUUGCGCUUCCUCUGCUUGCGCUUCCUCUGCUUGUGCUUCCUCUACUUGUGCUUCCUCUGCUUGUGCUUCCUCUACUUGCGCUUCCUCUACUUGCGCUCCUCUGCUUGUGCUUCCUCUGCUUGUGCUUCCUCUGCUUGCGCUUGCUCUUCUUGUGCUUCCUCUGCUUGCGCUUCCUCUACUUGUUCUUCCUCUGCUUGCGCUUCCUCUGGUUGCGCUCCUCUGCUUCUGCUUCUUCGGCUUGUGCUUCCUUCUUGUGCUUCCUCUGCUUGGGCUUCCUCUACUAACGCUCCUCUGCUUGUGCUGCCUCAUCUUGUGCUUCCUCUGCUUGCGCUUCCUCUUCUUGCGCUCCUCUGCUUGUGCUUCUUCUGCUUGUGCUUCCUGCUUGUGCUUCCUCUGCUCUUGGGCUUCCUCUGCUUGCGCUUCCUCUGCUUGUGCUUCCUCUACUUGCGCUUCUUCUCCUUGUGCUUCCUCUGCUUGCGCUUUCUCUACUUGCGCUCCUCUGCUUGUGCUUCCUCUGCUUGUGAUUCCUCUCCUUGCGCUUCCUCCGCUUGCGCUUCCUCUACUUGCGCUCCUCUACUUGUGCUUGCUCUGCUUGUGCUUCCUAUGCUUGCGCUUCCUCUGCUUGUGCUUCCUCUGCUUGCGAUUCCUCUACUUGCGCUUCCUCUGCUUGCGCUUCCUCUGCUUGCGCUUCCUCUGCUUGUGCUCCUCUGCUUGCGCUUCCUCUGCUUGUGCUUCCUCUGCUUGCGCUUCCUCUGCUUGCGCUUCCUCUCCUUGCGCUUCCUCUGCUUGCGCUUCCUCUGCUUGCGCUCCUCUGCUUGUGCUUCUUCUGCUUGUGCUUCCUGCUUUUGCUUCCUCUGCUUGCUCUUCCUUUGCUUACGCUUCCUCUGCCUGCGCUUCCUCUGCUUGUGCUUCCUCUACUUGCGCUUCCUCUGCUUGCGCUUCCUCUGCUUGUGCUUCCUCUACUUGCGCUCCUCUGCUGGUGCUUCCUCUGCUUGCGAUUCCUCUGCUUGCGCUUCCUCUGCUUGCGCUUCCUCUACUUCUUCCUCUGCUUGCGCUUCCUCUGAUUGUGCUUCCUCUAUUUGCGCUUCCUCUGCUUGCGCUUCCUCUAUUUGCGCUUCCUUUUCUUGCGCUUCCAUUGCUUACGCUUCCUCUGCUUGUGCUUCCUCUGCUUGCUCUUCCUUUGCUUACGCUUCCUCUGCCUGCGCUCCUCUGCUUGUGCUUCCUCUGCUUGUGCUUCCUCUGCUUGCGCUUCCUCUGCUUGUGCUUCCUCUGCUUGCGCUUCCUCUGCCUGCGCUUCCUCUGCUUGCGCUUCCUCUGCUUGCGCUUCCUCUGCUUGCGCUUCCUCUGCUUGCGCUUCCUCUGCUUGGGCUCCUCUGCUUGUGCUUCCUCUGCUUGUGCUUCCUCUGCUUGCGCUUCCUCUGCUUGUGCUUCUUCUGCUUGUGCUUCCUCUCCUUGCGCUUCCCCUGCUUGUGCUUCCUCUGCUUGCGCUUCCUCUGCUUGCGCUUCCGCUGCUUGUGCUUCCUCUGCUUGUGCUUCCUCUGCUUGUGCUUCCUCUGCUUGCGUUUCCUCUGCUUAAGCUUCCUCUGCUUGCGCUUCCUCUGCUUGCGCUCCUCUGCUUGUGCUUCCUCUGCUUGUGCUUCCUCUGCUUGCGCUUCCUCUGCUUGUGCUUCCUCUGCUUUCGCUUCUUCUGCUUGUGCUUCCUCUGCUUGCGCUUCCUCUGCUUGCGCUCCUCUGCUUGUGCUUCCUCCGCUUGUGCUUCCUGCUUGUGCUUCCUCUGCUUGCGCUUCCUCUGCUUGUGCUUCCUCUACUUGCGCUUCCUCUGCUUGCGCUUCCUCUGCUUGCGCUUCCUCUUCUUGCCCUUCCUCUGCUUACGCUACUUCUGCUUGUGCUUCCUCUGCUUGCUCUUCCUUUGCUUACGCUUCCUCUGCUUGCGCUCCUCUGCUUGUGCGUUCUCUUCUUGUGCUUCCUCUGCUUGCGCUUCCUCCGCUUGUGCAUCCUCUACUUGCGCUUCCUCUGCUUGUGCUUCCUCUGCUUGCGCUUCCUCUGCUUGCGCUCCUCUGCUUGUGCUUCCUCUGCUUGUGCUUCCUGCUUUUGCUUCCUCUACUUGCGCUUCCUCUGCUUGUGCUUCCUCUACUUGCGCUUCCUCUGCUUGCGCUUCCUGUGCUUGCGCUUCCUCUUCUUGCGCUUCCUGUGCUUACGCUUCCUCUGCUUGUGCUUCCUCUGCUUGCUCUUCCUUUGCUUACGCUUCCUCUGCCUGCGCUUCUCUGCUUGUGCUUCCUUUGCUUGUGCUUCCUUUGCUUGCGCUUCCUCUGCUUGUGCUUCCUCUACUUGCGCUUCCUCUGCUUGUGCUUCCUCUGCUUGCGAUUCCUCUGCUUGCGCUCCUCUGCUUGUUCUUCCUCUGCUUGUGCUUCCUCUUCUUGUGCUUCCUCUGCUUGUGCUUCCUUUGCUUACGCUUCCUCAGCUUGCGCUCCUCUGCUUGUGCUUCCUCUCCUUGUGCUUCCUCUGCUUGCGCUUCCUCUACUUGUGCAUCCUCUACUUGCGCUUCCUCUGCUUGUGCUUUCUCUGCUUGCGCUUCCUCUGCUUGCGCUCCUCUGCUUGUGCUUCCUCUGCUUGUGCUUCCUGCUUGUGCUUCCUCUACUUGCGCUUCCUCUGCUUGUGCUUUCUCUACUUGCACUUCCUCUUCUUGCGCUUCCUGUGCUUGCGCUUCCUCUUCUUGCGCUUCCUGUGCUUACGCUUCCUCUGCUUGUGCUUCAUCUGCUUGUGCUUCCUCUGCUUGCGCUUCCUCUGCUUGCGCUUCCUCUGCUUGCACUUCAUCUGCUUGUGCUUCCUCUGCUUGCGCUUCCUCUGCUUGUGCUUCCUCUGCUUGCGCUUCCUCUGCCUGCGCUUCCUAUGCUUGCGCUUCCUCUGCUUGCGCUUCCUCUGCUUGCACUUCCUCUGCUUGCGCUUCCUCUGCUUGGGCUCCUCUGCUUGUGCUUCCUCUGCUUGUGCUUCCUCUGCUUGCGCUUCCUCUGCUUGUGCUUCUUCUGCUUGUGCUUCCUCUCCUUGCGCUUCCCCUGCUUGUGCUUCCUCUGCUUGUGCUUCCUCUGCUUGCGCUUCCGCUGCUUGUGCUUCGUCUACUUGUGCUUCCUCUUCUUGUGCUUCCUCUGCUUGCGUUUCCUCUGCUUAAGCUUCCUCUGCUUGCGCUUCUUCUGCUUGCGCUCCUCCGCUUGUGCUUCCUCUGCUUGUGCUUCCUCUGCUUGCGCUUCCUCUGCUUGUGCUUCCUCUGCUUUCGCUUCUUCUGCUUGUGCUUCCUCUGCUUGCGCUUCCUCUGCUUGCGCUCCUCUGCUUGUGCUUCCUCUGCUUGUGCUUCCUGCUUGUGCUUCCUCUGCUUGCGCUUCCUCUGCUUGUGCUUCCUCUACUUGCGCUUCCUCUGCUUGCGCUUCCUCUGCUUGCGCUUCCUCUUCUUGCGCUUCCUCUGCUUACGCUACCUCUGCUUGUGCUUCCUCUGCUUGCUCAUCCUUUGCUUACGCUUCCUCUGCUUGCGCUCCUCUGCUUGUGCGUUCUCUGCUUGUGCUUCCUCUGCUUGCGCUUCCUCCGCUUGUGCAUCCUCUACUUGCGCUUCCUCUGCUUGUGCUUCCUCUGCUUGCGCUUCCUCUGCUUGCGCUCCUCUGCUUGUGCUUCCUGUGCUUGUGCUUCCUGCUUUUGCUUCCUCUACUUGCGCUUCCUCUGCUUGUGCUUCCUCUACUUGCGCUUCCUCUGCUUGCGCUUCCUUUGCUUGCGCUUCCUCUUCUUGCGCUUCCUGUGCUUACGCUUCCUCUGCUUGUGCUUCCUCUGCUUGCUCUUCCUUUGCUUACGCUUCCUCUGCCUGCGCUUCUCUGCUUGUGCUUCCUCUGCUUGUGCUUUCUUUGCUUGCGCUUCCUCUGCUUGUGCUUCCUCUACUUGCGCUUUUUCUGCUUGUGCUUCCUCUGCUUGCGAUUCCUCUGCUUGCGCUCCUCUGCUUGUUCUUCCUCUGCUUGUGCUUCCUCUGCUUGUGCUUCCUCUGCUUGUGCUUCCUUUGCUUACGCUUCCUCAGCUUGCGCUCCUCUGCUUGUGCUUCCUCUGCUUGUGCUUCCUCUGCUUGCGCUUCCUCUACUUGUGCAUCCUCUACUUGCGCUUCCUCUGCUUGUGCUUCCUCUGCUUGCGCUUCCUCUGCUUGCGCUCCUCUGCUUGUGCUUCCUCUGCUUGUGCUUCCUGCUUGUGCUUCCUCUACUUGCGCUUCCUCUGCUUGUGCUUUCUCUACUUGCACUUCCUCUGCUUGCACUUCCUCUGCUUGCACUUCCUGUGCUUGCGCUUCCUCUUCUUGCGCUUCCUGUGCUUACGCUUUCUCUGCUUGUGCUUCCUCGGCUUGCUCAUCCUUUGCUUACGCUUCCUCUGCCUGCGCUCCUCUGCUUGUGCUUCCUCUGCUUGUGCUUCCUUUGCUUGCGUUUCCUCUGCUUGUGCUUCCUCUACUUGCGCUUCCUCUGCUUGUGCUUCCUCUGCUUGCGCUUCCUCUGCUUGCGCUCCUCUGCUUGUGCUUCCUCUGCUUGCGAUUCCUCUGCUUGCGCUUCCUCUGCUUGCGCUUCCUCUGCUUGCGCUUCUUCUGCUUCCGCUUCCUCUGCUUGCGCUUCCUCUGCUUGCGCUUCCCCUGCUUGCGCUUCCUCUGCUUGCGCUUCCUCUGCUUGCGCUUCCUUUGCUUGCGCUUCCUCUGCUUGCGCUUCCUAUGCUUGCACUUCCUCUGCUUGGGCUCCUUUGCUUGUGCUUCCUCUGCUUGUGCUUCCUAUGCUUGUGCUUCCUCUGCUUCUGCUUCCUCUGCUUGUGCUUCCUCUGCUUGUGCUUCCUAUGCUUGUGCUUCCUCUGCUUCUGCUUCCUCUGCUUGUGCUUCCUCUGCUUGUGGUUCCUCUGCUUGUGCUUUCUCUGCUUGUGCUUCCUCUGCUUGUGCUUCCUCUGCUUGUGCUACCUCUGCUUGUGCUUCCUCUGCUUGCGCUUCCUUUGCUUGCGCUCCUGUGCUCGUGCUUCCUCUGCUUGUGCUUCCUCUGCUUGUGUUUCCUCUGCUUGGGCUUCCUCUGCUUGUGCUUCCUCUGCUUGUGCUUCCUCUGCUUGCGCUUCCUUUGCUUGCGCUUCUGUGCUCCUGCUUCCUCUGCUUGUGCUUCCUGCUUGUGCUUCCUCUGCUUGCGCUUCCUCUGCGCUUCCUCUGCUUGCGCUUCCUCUGCUUGCACUUCCUCUGCUUGCGCUUCCUCUUCUUGCGCUUCCUCAGCUUAUGCUUCCUCUGAUUGUGCUUCCUCAUCUUGCUCUUCCUUUGCUUACGCUUCCUCUGCUUGCGCUCCUCUGCUUGUGCUUCCUCUGCUUGUGCUUCCUUUCCUUGCAAUUCCUCUGCUUGUGCUUCCUCUACUUGCGCUUCCUCUGCUUGCGCUCCUCUACUUGUGCUUCCUCUGCUUGUGCUUCUUGCUUGUGCUUCCUCUACUUGUGCUUCCUCUGCUUGUGCUUCCUCUACUUGCGCUCCUCUGCUUGUGCUUCCUUUGCAUGCGCUUCCUCUGCUUGCGCUUCCUAUGCUUGCGCUUCCUCUGCUUGGGCUCCUUUGCUUGUGCUUCCUCUGCUUGUGCUUCCUUUGCUUGUGCUUCCUCUGCUUGUGCUUCCUCUGCUUGUGCUUCCUCUGCUUGUGCUUCCUCUGCUUGUGCUUCCUCUGCUUGCGCUUCCUCUGCUUGUGCUUCCUCUGCUUGCCUUAUGCUUCCUCUGAUGGUGCUUCCUCAUCUUGCUCUUCCUUUGCUUACGCUUCCUCUGCUUGCGCUCCCUUGCUUGUGCUUCCUCUGCUUGUGCUUCCUGCUUGUGCUUCCUCUACUUGUGCUUCCUCUGCUUGUGCUUCCUCUACUUGCGCUCCUUUGCUUGUGCUUCCUUUGCAUGCGCUUCCUCUGCUUGCGCUUCCUAUGCUUGCGCUUCCUCUGCUUGGGCUCCUUUGCUUGUGGUUCCUCUGCUUGUGCUUCCUUUGCUUGUGCUUCCUCUGCUUGUGCUUCCUCUGCUUGUGCUUCCUCUGCUUGUGCUUCCUCUGCUUGUGCUUCCUCUGCUUGCGCUUCCUCUGCUUGUGCUUCCUCUGCUUGCGUUUUCUUUGCUUGCGCUCCUCUGCUCCUGCUUCCUCUGCUUGUGCUUCCUGCUUGUGCUUCCUCUGCUUGCGCUUCCUCUGCUUACGCUUCCUCUGCUUGCGCUUCCUCUGCUUGUGCUUCCUCUGCUUGCGCUUCCUCUGCUUGCGCUCCUCUGCUUGUGCUUCCUCUGCUUGCGAUUCCUCUGCUUGCGCUUCCUCUGCUUGCGCUUCCUCUGCUUGCGCUUCCUCUGCUUCCGCUUCCUCUGCUUGUGCUUCCUCUGCUUGCGCUUCCUCUGCUUGCGCUUCCUCUGCUUGCGCUUCCUAUGCUUGUGAUUCCUCUGCUUGUGCUUCCUCUGCUUGCGCUUCCUCUGCUUGAGCUCCUCUGCUUGUGCUUCCUCUGCUUGCGAUUCCUCUGCUUGCGCUUCCUCUGCUUGCGCUUCCUCUGCUUGCGCUUUCUCUGCUUCCGCUUCCUCUGCUUGUGCUUCCUCUGCUUGCGCUUCCUCUGCUUGCGCUUCCUCUGCUUGCGCUUCCUUUGCUUGCGCUUCCUCUGCUUGUGCUUCCUUUGCUUUUGCUUCCUCUGCUUGUGCUUCCUCUGCUUGCGCUUCCUCUGCGCUUCCUAUGCUUGCGCUUCCUCUUCUUGCGCUUCGUCAGCUUAUGCUUCCUCUGAUUGUGCUUCCUCAUCUUGCUCUUCCUUUGCUUACGCUUCCUCUGCUUGCGCUCCUCUGCUUGUGCUUCCUCUGCUUGUGCUUCCUUUCCUUGCAAUUCCUCUGCUUGUGCUUCCUCUGCUUGCGCUUCCUCUGCUUACGCUCCUCUACUUGUGCUUCCUCUGCUUGUGCUUCCUUCUUAUGCUUCCUCUGCUUGUGCUUCCUCUGCUUGUGCUUCCUCUACUUGCGCUUCCUCUGCUUGCGCUUCCUUUGCUUGCGCUUCCUCCUCUUGCGCUUUCUCUGCUUACGCUUCCUCUGCUUGUGCUUCCUCUGCUUGAUCUUCCUUUGCUUACGCUUCCACAGCCUGCGCUCCUCUGCUUGUGCUUCCUCUGCUUGUGCGUCAUCUACUUGUGCUUCCUCUGCUUGUGCUUCCUCUACUUGCGCUUCUUCUUCUUGUGCUUCCUCUGCUUGUGCUUCCUCUGCUUGCGCUCCUCUGCUUGUGCUUCCUCUGCUUGCGAUUCCUCUGCUUGCGCUUCCUCUGCCUUCGCUUCCUCUACUUGCGCUCCUCUGCUUGUGCUUCCUCUGCUUGUGCUUCCUCUGCUUGCUCUUCCUUUGCUUACGCUUCCUCUGCCUGCGCUCCUCUGCUUAUGCUUCCUCUGCUUGUGCUUUCUCUGCUUGCGCUUCCUCUGCUUGUGCUUCCUCUACUUGCACUUCCUCUGCUUGUGCUUCCUCUGCUUGUGCGUCCUCUACUUGCGCUUCCUCUACUUGUGCUUCCUCUACUUGCACUUCUUCUGCUUGUGCUUCCUCUGCUUGCGCUCCUCUGCUCCUGCUUCCUCUGCUUGUGCUUCCUGCUUGUGCUUCCUCUGCUUGCGCUUCCUCUGCUUACGCUUCCUCUGCUUGUGCUUCCUGCUUGUGCUUCCUCUGCUUGCGCUUCCUCUGCUUACGCUUUCUCUGCUUGCGCUUUCUCUGCUUGCACUUCCUCUGCUUGCGCUUCCUCUUCUUGCGCUUCCUCAGCUUAUGCUUCCUCUGAUUGUGCUUCCUCAUCUUGCUCUUCCUUUCCUUACGCUUCCUCUGCUUGCGCUCCUCUGCUUGUGCUUCCUCUGCUUGUGCUUCCUUUCCUUGCAAUUCCUCUGUUUUUGCUUCCACUGCUUUCGCUUCCUCUGCUUGCGCUCCUCUACUUGUGCUUCCUCUGCUUGUCCUUCCUGCUUGUGCUUCCUCUACUUGUGCUUCCUCUGCUUGUGCUUCCUCUACUUGCGCUUCCUCUGCUUGCGCUUCCUUUGCUUGCGCUUUCUCCUCUUGCGCUUCCUCUGCUUACGCUUCCUCUGCUUGUGCUUCCUCUGCUUGCUCUUCCUUUGCUUACGCUUCCUCAGCCUGCGCUCCUCUGCUUGUGCUUCCUCUGCUUGUGCGUCCUCUACUUGCGCUUCCUCUGCUUGUGCUUCCUCUACUUACGCUUCUUCUACUUGUGCUUCCUCUGCUUGUGCUUCCUCUGCUUGCGCUCUUCUGCUUGUGCUUCCUCUGCUUGCGAUUCCUCUGCUUUCGCUUCCUCUGCUUUCGCUUCCUCUACUUGCGUUCUCUGCUUGUGCUUCCUCUGCUUGUGCUUCCUCUGCUUGCUCUUCCUUUGCUUACGCUUCCUCUGCCUGCGCUCCUCUGCUUAUGCUUCCUCUGCUUGUGCUUCCUCUACUUGCACUUCCUCUGCUUGUGCUUCCUCUACUUGUGCUUCCUCUACUUGCGCUCCUCUGCUUGUGCUUCCUCUGCUUGUGCUUCCUCUGCUUGUGCUUCCUCUUCUUGUGCUUCCUCUGCUUGCGCUUCCUCUGCUUUCGCUUCCUCUGCUUGCACUUCCUCUGCUUGCGCUUCCUCUUCUUGCGGUUCUCUGCAUGUGCUUCCUCUGCUUGUACUUCGUCUCCUUGCGCUUCCCCUGCUUGUGCUUCUUCUGCUUCCGCUUCCUCUACUUGUGCUUCCUCUGCUUGCGCUUCCUUUGCUUGUUCUUCCUCUUCUUUUGCUUCCUCUUCUUGCGCUUCCUCUACUAGUGCUUCCUCUGCUUACACUUCCUCUGCUUGCGCUUCCUCUGCUCGCGCUUCCUCUGCUUGUGCUUCCUCUGCUUGUGCUUCCUCUGCUUGUGCUUCCUCUGCUUGUGCUUCCUCUGCUUGUGCUUCUUCUGCUUGCGCUUCCUCUGGUUGUGACUCCUCACCUUCCGCUUCCUCUACUUGCGCUUCCUCUGGUUGUGACUCCUCACCUUCCGCUUCCUCUGCUUGCGCUCCCUCUGCUUGUGCUUCCUCUUCUUGCCCUUCCUCUGCUUGCGCUUCCUCUGCUUGCGCUCCUCUGCUUGUGCUUCCUCUGCUUGUGCUUCCUCUGCUUGCGCUUCCUCUGCUUGUGCUUCCUCUACUUACGCUUCCUCUGCUUGCGCUUCCUCUGCUCUUGCUUCCUCUGCUUGUGCUUCCUCUGCUUGUGCUUCCUCUGCUUGUGCUUCCUCAACUUGCGCUUCCUCUGCUUGUGCUUCCUUUGCUUCCGCUUCCUUUGCUUGUUCUUCCUCUGCUUGUGCUUCCUCUGCUUGUGCUUCCUGCUUGUGCUUCCUCUACUUGUGCUUCCUCUGCUUGUGCUUCCUCUACUUGCGCUUCCUCUGCUUGCGCUUCCUUUGCUUGCGCUUCCUCCUCUUGCGCUUCCUCUGCUUACGCUCCUCUACUUGUGCUUCCUCUGCUUGUGCUUCCUCCUUAUGCUUCCUCUGCUUGUGCUUCCUCUGCUUGUGCUUCCUCUACUUGCGCUUCCUCUGCUUGCGCUUCCUUUGCUUGCGCUUCCUCCUCUUGCGCUUUCUCUGCUUACGCUUCCUCUGCUUGUGCUUCCUCUGCUUGCUCUUCCUUUGCUUACGCUUCCUCAGCCUGCGCUCCUCUGCUUGUGCUUCCUCUGCUUGUGCGUCAUCUACUUGUGCUUCCUCUGCUUGUGCUUCCUCUACUUGCGCUUCUUCUUCUUGUGCUUCCUCUGCUUCUGCUUCCUCUGCUUGCGCUCCUGUGCUUGUGCUUCCUCUGCUUGCGAUUCCUCUGCUUGCGCUUCCUCUGCCUUCGCUUCCUCUACUUGCGCUCCUCUGCUUGUGCUUCCUCUGCUUGUGCUUCCUCUGCUUGCUCUUCCUUUGCUUACGCUUCCUCUGCCUGCGCUCCUCUGCUUAUGCUUCCUCUGCUUGUGCUUCCUCUGCUUGCGCUUCCUCUGCUUGUGCUUCCUCUACUUGCACUUCCUCUGCUUGUGCUUCCUCUGCUUGUGCGUCCUCUACUUGCGCUUCCUCUACUUGUGCUUCCUCUACUUGCGCUUCUUCUGCUUGUGCUUCCUCUGCUUGCGCUCCUCUGCUUGCUCUUCCUUUGCUUACGCUUCCUCUGCCUGCGCUCCUCUGCUUAUGCUUCCUCUGCUUGUGCUUCCUCUACUUGCACUUCCUCUGCUUGUGCUUCCUCUGCUUGUGCUUCCUCUACUUGCGCUCCUCUGCUUGUGCUUCCUCUGCUUGUGCUUCCUCUGCUUGUGCUUCCUCUUCUUGUGCUUCCUCUGCUUGCGCUUCCUCUGCUUUCGCUUCCUCUGGUUGUGACUCCUCUGCUUGCGCUUCCUCUACUUGCGCUUCCUCUACUUGCGCUUCCUUUGCUUGGGCAUCCUCUGCUUGCGCUUCCUCUGCUUGCUCUUCCUUUGCUUACGCUUCCUCAGCCUGCGCUCCUCUGCUUGUGCUUCCUCUGCUUGUGCGUCCUCUACUUGCGCUUCCUCUGCUUGUGCUUCCUCUACUUGCGCUUCUUCUGCUUGUGCUUCCUCUGCUUGUGCUUCCUCUGCUUGCGCUCCUCUGCUUGUGCUUCCUCUGCUUGCGAUUCCUCUGCUUGCGCUUCCUCUGCUUUCGCUUCCUCUACUUGCGCUCCUCUGCUUGUGCUUCCUCUGCUUGUGCUUCCUCUUCUUGCUCUUCCUUUGCAUACGCUUCCUCUGCCUGCGCUCCUCUGCUUGUGCUUCCUCUGCUUGUGCUUCGUCUACUUGCGCUUCCUCUGCUUGCGCUUCCUUUGCUUGCGCUUCCUCCUCUUGCACUUUCUCUGCUUACGCUUCCUCUGCUUGUGCUUCCUCUGCUUGCUCUUCCUUUGCUUAGGCUUCCUCAGCCUGCGCUCCUCUGCUUGUGCUUCCUCUGCUUCUUCCUCUGCUUGUGCAUCCUCUACUUGCGCUUCCUCUGCUUGUGCUUCCUCUGCUUGCGCUUCCUCUGCUUGUGCUUCCUCUGCUUGCGAUUCCUCUGCUUGCGCUUCCUCAGCUUUCGCUUCCUCUGCUUGUGCUUCCUCUGCUUGUGCUUCCUCUGCUUGUGCUUCCUCUACUUGUGCUUCCUCUGCUUGUGCUUCCUCUACUUGCGCUUCCUCUACUUGCGCUUCCUCUGCUUGUGAUUCCUCUGCUUGCGAUUCCUCUGCUUGCGCUUCCUCAGCUUUCGCUUCCUCUGCUUGUGCUUCCUCUGCUUGUGCUUCCUCUGCUUGUGCUUCCUCUACUUGUGCUUCCUCUGCUUGUGCUUCCUCUACUUGCGCUUCCUUUGCUUGCGCUUCCUUUGCUUGCGCUUCCUCCUCUUGCGCUUCCUCUGCUUACGCUCCUCUACUUGUGCUUCCUCUGCUUGUGCUUCCUCCUUAUGCUUCCUCUGCUUGUGCUUCCUCUGCUUGUGCUUCCUCUACUUGCGCUUCCUCUGCUUGCGCUUCCUUUGCUUGCGCUUCCUCCUCUUGCGCUUUCUCUGCUUACGCUUCCUCUGCUUGUGCUUCCUCUGCUUGCUCUUCCUUUGCUUACGCUUCCUCAGCCUGCGCUCCUCUGCUUGUGCUUCCUCUGCUUGUGCGUCAUCUACUUGUGCUUCCUCUGCUUGUGCUUCCUCUACUUGCGCUUCUUCUUCUUGUGCUUCCUCUGCUUGUGCUUCCUCUGCUUGCGCUCCUCUGCUUGUGCUUCCUCUGCUUGCGAUUCCUCUGCUUGCGCUUCCUCUGCCUUCGCUUCCUCUACUUGCGCUCCUCUGCUUGUGCUUCCUCUGCUUGUGCUUCCUCUGCUUGCUCUUCCUUUGCUUACGCUUCCUCUGCCUGCGCUCCUCUGCUUAUGCUUCCUCUGCUUGUGCUUCCUCUGCUUGCGCUUCCUCUGCUUGUGCUUCCUCUACUUGCACUUCCUCUGCUUGUGCUUCCUCUGCUUGUGCGUCCUCUACUUGCGCUUCCUCUACUUGUGCUUCCUCUACUUGCGCUUCUUCUGCUUGUGCUUCCUCUGCUUGCGCUCCUCUGCUUGCUCUUCCUUUGCUUACGCUUCCUCUGCCUGCGCUCCUCUGCUUAUGCUUCCUCUGCUUGUGCUUCCUCUACUUGCACUUCCUCUGCUUGUGCUUCCUCUGCUUGUGCUUCCUCUACUUGCGCUCCUCUGCUUGUGCUUCCUCUGCUUGUGCUUCCUCUGCUUGUGCUUCCUCUUCUUGUGCUUCCUCUGCUUGCGCUUCCUCUGCUUUCGCUUCCUCUGGUUGUGACUCCUCUGCUUGCGCUUCCUCUACUUGCGCUUCCUCUACUUGCGCUUCCUUUGCUUGGGCAUCCUCUGCUUGCGCUUCCUCUGCUUGCUCUUCCUUUGCUUACGCUUCCUCAGCCUGCGCUCCUCUGCUUGUGCUUCCUCUGCUUGUGCGUCCUCUACUUGCGCUUCCUCUGCUUGUGCUUCCUCUACUUGCGCUUCUUCUGCUUGUGCUUCCUCUGCUUGUGCUUCCUCUGCUUGCGCUCCUCUGCUUGUGCUUCCUCUGCUUGCGAUUCCUCUGCUUGCGCUUCCUCUGCUUUCGCUUCCUCUACUUGCGCUCCUCUGCUUGUGCUUCCUCUGCUUGUGCUUCCUCUUCUUGCUCUUCCUUUGCAUACGCUUCCUCUGCCUGCGCUCCUCUGCUUGUGCUUCCUCUGCUUGUGCUUCGUCUACUUGCGCUUCCUCUGCUUGCGCUUCCUUUGCUUGCGCUUCCUCCUCUUGCACUUUCUCUGCUUACGCUUCCUCUGCUUGUGCUUCCUCUGCUUGCUCUUCCUUUGCUUAGGCUUCCUCAGCCUGCGCUCCUCUGCUUGUGCUUCCUCUGCUUGUGCAUCCUCUACUUGCGCUUCCUCUGCUUGUGCUUCCUCUGCUUGCUCUUCCUUUGCUUACGCUUCCUCAGCUUGCGCUCCUCUGCUUGAGCUUCCUCUGCUUGUGCAUCCUCUACUUGCGCUUCCUCUGCUUGUGCUUCCUCUGCUUGCGCUUCCUCUGCUUGUGCUUCCUCUGCUUGCGAUUCCUCUGCUUGCGCUUCCUCAGCUUUCGCUUCCUCUGCUUGUGCUUCCUCUGCUUGUGCUUCCUCUGCUUGUGCUUCCUCUACUUGUGCUUCCUCUGCUUGUGCUUCCUCUACUUGCGCUUCCUCUACUUGCGCUUCCUCUGCUUGUGAUUCCUCUGCUUGCGAUUCCUCUGCUUGCGCUUCCUCAGCUUUCGCUUCCUCUGCUUGUGCUUCCUCUGCUUGUGCUUCCUCUGCUUGUGCUUUCUCUACUUGUGCUUCCUCUGCUUGUGCUUCCUCUACUUGCGCUUCCUCUGCUUGCGCUUCCUUUGCUUGCGCUUCCUCCUCUUGCGCUUCCUCUGCUUACGCUCCUCUACUUGUGCUUCCUCUGCUUGUGCUUCCUCCUUAUGCUUCCUCUGCUUGUGCUUCCUCUGCUUGUGCUUCCUCUACUUGCGCUUCCUCUGCUUGCGCUUCCUUUGCUUGCGCUUCCUCCUCUUGCGCUUUCUCUGCUUACGCUUCCUCUGCUUGUGCUUCCUCUGCUUGCUCUUCCUUUGCUUACGCUUCCUCAGCCUGCGCUCCUCUGCUUGUGCUUCCUCUGCUUGUGCGUCAUCUACUUGUGCUUCCUCUGCUUGUGCUUCCUCUACUUGCGCUUCUUCUUCUUGUGCUUCCUCUGCUUGUGCUUCCUCUGCUUGCGCUCCUCUGCUUGUGCUUCCUCUGCUUGCGAUUCCUCUGCUUGCGCUUCCUCUGCCUUCGCUUCCUCUACUUGCGCUCCUCUGCUUGUGCUUCCUCUGCUUGUGCUUCCUCUGCUUGCUCUUCCUUUGCUUACGCUUCCUCUGCCUGCGCUCCUCUGCUUAUGCUUCCUCUGCUUGUGCUUCCUCUGCUUGCGCUUCCUCUGCUUGUGCUUCCUCUACUUGCACUUCCUCUGCUUGUGCUUCCUCUGCUUGUGCGUCCUCUACUUGCGCUUCCUCUACUUGUGCUUCCUCUACUUGCGCUUCUUCUGCUUGUGCUUCCUCUGCUUGCGCUCCUCUGCUUGCUCUUCCUUUGCUUACGCUUCCUCUGCCUGCGCUCCUCUGCUUAUGCUUCCUCUGCUUGUGCUUCCUCUACUUGCACUUCCUCUGCUUGUGCUUCCUCUGCUUGUGCUUCCUCUACUUGCGCUCCUCUGCUUGUGCUUCCUCUGCUUGUGCUUCCUCUGCUUGUGCUUCCUCUUCUUGUGCUUCCUUUGCUUGCGCUUCCUCUGCUUUCGCUUCCUCUGCCUGCGCUCCUCUGCUUGUGCUUCCUCUGCUUGUGCGUCCUCUACUUGCGCUUCCUCUGCUUGUGCUUCCUCUACUUGCGCUUCUUCUGCUUGUGCUUCCUCUGCUUGUGCUUCCUCUGCUUGCGCUCCUCUGCUUGUGCUUCCUCUGCUUGCGAUUCCUCUGCUUGCGCUUCCUCUGCUUUCGCUUCCUCUACUUGCGCUCCUCUGCUUGUGCUUCCUCUGCUUGUGCUUCCUCUUCUUGCUCUUCCUUUGCAUACGCUUCCUCUGCCUGCGCUCCUCUGCUUGUGCUUCCUCUGCUUGUGCUUCGUCUACUUGCGCUUCCUCUGCUUGCGCUUCCUUUGCUUGCGCUUCCUCCUCUUGCACUUUCUCUUCCUCUGCUUGUGCAUCCUCUACUUGCGCUUCCUCUGCUUGUGCUUCCUCUGCUUGCGCUCCUCUGCUUGUGCUUCCUCUGCUUGUGCUUCCUCUGCUUGCUCUUCCUUUGCUUACGCUUCCUUUGCCUGCGCUCCUCUGCUUAUGCUUCCUCUGCUUGUGCUUCCUCUGCUUGCGCUUCGUCUGCUUGUGCUUCCUCUACUUGCACUUCCUCUGCUUGUGCUUCCUCUGCUUGUGCUUCCUCUACUUGCGCUCCUCUGCUUGUGCUUCCUCACCUUGUGCUUCCUCUACUUGUGCUUCCUCUUCUUGUGCUUCCUCUGCUUGCGCUUCCUCUGCUUUCGCUUCCUCUGGUUGUGACUCCUCUGCUUGCGCUUCCUCUACUUGCGCUUCCUCUACUUGCGCUUCCUUUGCUUGGGCAUCCUCUGCUUGCGCUUCCUCUGCUUGCGCUUCCUCUGCUUGCGCUUCCUCUUCUUGCGCUCCUCUGCUUGUGCUUCCUCUGCUUGCGCUUCCUCUGCUUGUGCUUCUUCUCCUUCCGCUUCCUCUACUUGUGCUUCCUCUGCUUGCGCUUCCUUUGCUUGUUCUUCCUCUUCUUGUGCUUCCUCUUCUUGCGCUUCCUCUGCUAGUGCUUCCUCUGCUUACACUUCCUCUGCUUGCGCUUCCUCUGCUCGCGCUUCCUCUGCUUUUGCUUCCUCUGCUUGUGCUUCCUCUGCUUGUGCUUCCUCAACUUGUGCUUCUUCUCCUUGCGCUUCCUCUGGUUGUGACUCCUCACCUUCCGCUUCCUCUGCUUGCGCUUCCUCUGCUUGUGCUUCCUCUUCUUGCCCUUCCUCUGCUUGCGCUUCCUCUGCUUGCGCUCCUCUGCUUGUGCUUCCUCUACUUGUGCUUCCUCUGCUUGCGCGUCCUCUGCUUGUGCUUCCUCUACUUACGCUUCCUCUGCUUGCGCUUCCUCUGCUCACGCUUCCUCUACUUACGCUUCCUCUGCUUGUGCUUCCUCUGCUUGUGCUUCCUCUGCUUGCAUUUCCUCUGCUUGUGCUUCCUCUUCUUGCGCUUCCUCUGUUUGCGCUUCCUCUGCUUGCGCACCUCUGCUUGUGCUUCCUCUGCUUGUGCUUCCUUUGCUUGCGUUUCCUUUGCUUGUGCUUCUUCAGCUUCCGCUUCCUUUGCUUGUUCUUCCUCUGCUUGUGCUUCCUCUGCUUGUGCUUCCUGCUUGUGCUUCCUCUACUUGUGCUUCCUCUGCUUGUGCUUCCUCUACUUGCGCUUCUUCUGCUUGUGCUUCCUCUGCUUGUGCUUCCUCUGCUUGCGCUCCUCUGCUUGUGCUUCCUCUGCUUGCGAUUCCUCUGCUUGCGCUUCCUCUGCUUUCGCUUCCUCUACUUGCGCUCCUCUGCUUGUGCUUCCUUUGCUUGUGCUUCCUCUGCUUGCUCUUCCUUUUCAUACGCUUCCUCUGCCUGCGCUCCUCUGCUUAUGCUUCCUCUGCUUGUGCUUCCUCUGCUUGCGCUUCCUCUGCUUGUGCUUCCUCUACUUGCACUUCCUAUGCUUGUGCUUCCUCUUCUUGUGCUUCCUCUACUUGCGCUCCUCUGCUUGUGCUUCCUCUACUUGUGCUUCCUCUGCUUGUGCUUCCUCUUCUUGUGCUUCCUCUGCUUGCGCUUCCUCUGCUUUCGCUUCCUCUGGUUGUGACUCCUCUGCUUGCGCUUCCUCUACUUGCACUUCCUCUACUUGCGCUUCCUCUGCUUGGGCAUCCUUUGCUUGCGCUUCCUCUGCUUGCACUUCCUCUGCUUGCGCUUCCUCUUCUUGCGCUCCUCUGCUUGUGCUUUCUCUACUUGUGCUUCCUCUGCUUGCGCUUCCUCUGCUUGUGCUUCUUCUGCUUCCGCUUCCUCUACUUGUGCUUACUCUGCUCGCGCUUCCUUUGCUUGUUCUUCCUCUUCUUGUGCUUCCUCUUCUUGUGCUUCCUCUGCUAGUGCUUCCUCUGCUUACACUUCCUCUGCUUGCGCUUCCUCUGCUCGCGCUUCCUCUGCUUGUGCUUCCUCUGCUUGUGCUUCCUCUGCUUGUGCUUCCUCAACUUGUGCUUCCUCUACUUGCGCUUCCUCUGGUUGUGACUCCUCACCUUCCGCUUCCUCUGCUUGCGCUUCCUCUGCUUGUGCUUCCUCUUCUUGCCCUUCCUCUGCUUGCGCUCCUCUGCUUGUGCUUCUUCUGCUUGUGCUUCCUCUGCUUGCGCUUCCUCUGCUUGUGCUUCCUCUACUUACGCUUCCUCUGCUUGCGCUUCCUCUGCUCACGCUUCCUCUGCUUGUGCUUCCUCUACUUGUGCUUCCUCUGCUUGUGCUUCCUCAACUUGCGCUUCCUCUGCUUGGGCUUCCUCUGCUUCCGCUUCCUUUGCUUGUUCUUCCUCUGCUUGUGCUUCCUCGACUUGCGCUUCCUCUGCUUGCGCUUCCUAUGCUUGCGCUUCCUCUGCUUGGGCUCCUUUGUUUGUGCUUCCUCUGCUUGUGCUUCCUUUGCUUGUGCUUCCUCUGCUUGUGCUUCCUCUGCUUGUGCUUCGUCUGCUUGUGCUUCCUCUGCUUGUGCUUCCUCUGCUUGCGCUUCCUCUGCUUGUGCUUCCUCUGCUUGCGCUUCCUUUGCUUGCGCUCCUCUGCUCCUGCUUCCUCUGCUUGUGCUUCCUGCUUGUGCUUCCUCUGCUUGCACUUCCUGUUCUUACGCUUCCUCUGCUUGCGCUUCCUCUGCUUGCACUUCCUCUGCUUGCGCUUCCUCUUCUUGCGCUUCCUCAGCUUAUGCUUCCUCUGAUUGUGCUUCCUCAUCUUGCUCUUCCUUUGCUUACGCUUCCUCUGCUUGCGCUCCUCUGCUUGUGCUUCCUCUGCUUGUGCUUCCUUUCCUUGCAAUUCCUCUGCUUGUGCUUCCUCUGCUUGCGCUUCCUCUGCUUGCGCUCCUCUACUUGUGCUUCCUUUGCUUGUGCUUCCUUUGCUUGUGCUUCCUCUGCUUGUGCUUCCUCUACUUGCGCUUCCUCUGCUUGCGCUUCCUUUGCUUGCGCUUCCUCCUCUUGCGCUUCCUCUGCUUACGCUUCCUCUGCUUGUGCUUCCUCUGCUUGCUCUUCCUUUGCUUACGCUUCCUCAGCCUGCGCUCCUCUGCUUGUGCUUCCUCUGCUUGUGCGUCCUCUACUUGCGCUUCCUCUGCUUGUGCUUCCUCUACUUGGGCUUCUUCUGGUUGUGCUUCCUCUGCUUGUGCUUCCUCUGCUUGCGAUCCUCAGCUUGUGCUUCCUUUGCUUGCGAUUCCUCUGCUUGCGCUUCCUCUGCUUUUGCUUCCUCUACUUGCGCUCCUCUGCUUGUGCUUCCUCUGCUUGUGCUUCCUCUGCUUGCUCUUCCUUUGCUUACGCUUCCUCUGCCUGCGCUCCUCUGCUUAUACUUCCUCUGCUUGUGCUUCCUCUGCUUGCGCUUCCUCUGCUUGUGCUUCCUCUACUUGCACUUCCUCUGCUUGUGCUUCCUCUUCUUGUGCUUCCUCUACUUGCACUUCUCUGCUUGUGCUUCCUCAGCUUGUGAUUCCUCUGCUUGCGCUUCCUCUUCUUGAGCUUCCUUUGCUUGCGCUCCUCUGCUUGCGCUUCCUCUACUUGCGCUUCCUCUGCUUGUGCUCCUCUGCUUGCGCUUCCUCUACUUGUGCUUCCUCUGCUUGCGCUUCCUCUGCUUGCGCUUCCUCUGCUUGCGCUUCCUCUGCUUGCGCUUCCUCUGCUUGUGCUCCUCUGCUUGCGCUUCCUCUGCUUGUGCUUCCUCUACUUGCGCUUCCUCUGCUUGCGCUCCUCUGCUUGUGCUUCCUCUGCUUGCGCUUUCUCCGCUUGUGCUUCCUGUGCUUGCGCCUCCUCUGCUUGUGCUUCCUCUGCUUGCGCUUCCUCUGCUUGCACUUCCUCUGCAUGCGCUUCCUCUGUUUGUGCUUCCUGUGCUUAUGCUUCCUCUGCUUGUGCUUCCUCUGCUUGCGCUUCCUCUGCUUGUGCUUCCUCUGCUUGCGCUUCCUCUGCUUGCUCUUCCUCUGCUUGCGCUUCCUCUGCUUGCGCUCCUCUACUUGUGCUUCCUUUGCUUGUGCUUACUCUGCUUGUGCUUCCUCUGCUUGUGCUUUCUCUACUUGCGCUUCCUCUGCUUGCGCUUCCUAUGCUUGCGCUUCCUCCUCUUGCGCUUCCUCUGCUUACGCUUCCUCUGCUUGUGCUUCCUCUGCUUGCUCUUCCUUUGCUUACACUUCCUCAGCCUGCGCUCCUCUGCUUGUGCUUCCUCUGCUUGUGCGUCCUCUACUUGCGCUUCCUCUGCUUGUGCUUCCUCUACUUGGGCUUCUUCUGGUUGUGCUUCCUCUGCUUGUGCUUCCUCUGCUUGCGCUCCUCUGCUUCUGCUUCCUCUGCUUGCGAUUCCUCUGCUUGCGCUUCCUCUGCUUCUGCUUCCUCUACUUGCGCUCCUCUGGUUGUGCUUCCUCUGCUUGUGCUUCCUCUGCUUGCUCUUCCUUUGCUUACGCUUCCUCUGCCUGCGCUCCUCUGCUUAUGCUUCCUCUGCUUGUGCUUCCUCUGCUUGCGCUUCCUCUGCUUGUGCUUCCUCUACUUGCACUUCCUCUGCUUGUGCUUCCUCUUCUUGUGCUUCCUCUACUUGCACUUCUCUGCUUGUGCUUCCUCUGCUUGUGA